GCUACGACUUCAGUAGUUGCCCAGUCGUCGAGGUGUCGGCCGCGUUUCGCGUUGCUUCCGACCGUUAAUUUUUAAUACCGAUGUAUGCUUGCACGUAUGCCCUAUUCUAGUAAUAGAAUGUUUAUUUAAAGUGAUUUUCAUAAGUGUAGUGAGGUUAAAGUUUCCGAAGUGCAAUCGAGUGAAAAUAGUCGCUUGCGAACUGUUUCCUUAUUGGAUUGAAGCGACAUGGCAUGAGGGACUGCGCGGGCGCGACAUGCGGCGAGCGCCGCUCGCGCACUCUGCCGCCGCCGCUCUUCUGCUCUCCUUCCUUCUUCCUUUAGCAUACGCUGGUUCGAUGGGCCCAGGUGUUCCCGAGAAUAUAACAGUGACAUUUCUGAAUCCGACCACAGUGAGAGUAUCAUGGUCUACUACAGCUGAGCUGGUGGAGAAAUAUGACGUUACAUAUAAGCCCUCUGACGCUAGUUACAGAGUGGUCCUUGAAGUUGCUGGAAACUCGGACGCAGUGAUAUUGAGCGGACUGGAGGCAGAUACUCAGUACCAGGUGACAGUAGCCGCGUUGUGGGGAGGGCACAAGUACAGAAGUCGGCCGAUUGUCUUCCGCACGCUGGAGCCACCGCGAACUUCACCUCAGCAGGACGGGGGCCUGGAGAUACCCCGCUCCUCUGUGACACCGCCAGAACCUUCUCCGACCUUUCCUACGAUAAGAGGCGUGGAGAUUGGUUUAGUAGUGUUAGUGCUGAUUAUAUGGAUCGGCGCUAUCACUCUCUUCUUCAAUCGUUGGGGAAAAAUCCGGAUGCUACUACCGUAUCAACCGGAUUACAAACAGGAGCAAUUAAAAGUGCCAGGCAGCAGUGCUCUAGCUGCCGCAACAGCAGCUGGAAAUUGUGGGGCACAUUCGGCAACAUCUGCUUGUUCGCAUAUGCGCUGGUCACACACUCACACACAGAGUCUCGAGUGUGAAGAACGGUUACUCUCUCGGUGUAAUCGGCCUCGGGUCAACUCCGCCAUCUUUGUUUCUGCGGAGCCUACCGGCUUUGGCGCUUUUGAUCCUGGCGAGUUUUUGCGGCGACACGGGUCGCAAUCUAAGUUGUGCCGAAAAGCAAGAUCUGCCGACAAUAUACCACUAACAAGUAUGACUGAUUCAUCAGAGCGGCUAUGUGCAAUGAAAGCGCCUAGAGAAGAAACGAUCAGUGAAGAAGGAAAAUCCGAUGACAGUAGUAGUAUUGAAACUGUCAAACACUUUGGCCUGCCAAUCCUUUCUGUUUCCGGACCGUCACCCCCCGAUGAAGACUAUGAUCAGAUAGAUGAGUAUCUGUAGCAUUUCCACACCAGUUUCCAGCUGAAGUAUGUGCUGGAAAAGAUGCGGCCAGCUUGGCCUAGCCCAGCACAAAGUCCAAUUCCUUUUGAAUAGGAACUUUACUGUGGAACCUAUUUUCUGGUGGUUUAGAAUGUGUGUCUUGUGGAGGGACCAUUUUUGUGCUUGCUUUCUUAUACACUACCUAUAGCGAUAUAGAAUUUAAGAUAUAAUAAUCAAAUUUACUACACUUUAAUAGAUUAAGUUUUGCACAAUAACUUCAAUAACAAAGACUAUACCACUUUAUCAUCUUUCAUGAUAUUUUAUUGCGGUAUGGUCUAUAUUAUAUGUAAUAGACUUUUGUACCAAUUUAGAAUAACUAGGAUAGUUUAAUUUUCUAGAUAAUUGAGAUAACGUCUCUCGUCUUUAAGACUUAUGUAAAAUAUCUUUUCUAGAAUAAGUUUGAUGAUUUGAAGGUUGAACUUUGGUCCAAAAUACUGUAUUAUCGGCACAUAACGUGUUCUAGGUACUAAGAUUCUGAGGAAAUAUAAAUAUCAAACUCAAUCUUGCCUAAACAAAUUGUCAAGUCAAUUAAAAUCUUGUAGAUAAUCUUUGAAGGGACUAUGGCACUAUUAUAUAUAAAAGUAGAGAUAGUUUUAAAUUUUAUAAUGAAGUAUACAUUAGCUGUCCUAUUGUAUCAUAUCAUACAUAUAUCAAUCCCAGUAUCAUUAAAACAUCUUUGUAUUAAUUACUAUGUAUUUCAAAAAUAUUUCUUUAUCUGAUAUUAACCUAAAUUUAAUCCAUUAUUUAGCAUACAAAUUAUAAUAUAAGUUCGACCAUUUCUUUAAUUACAUUGAAUAUAAUCGGUGGACACAAUUUCCCAUGUAGGCUAAUGUAUACCUCAGAUUUCAAUGAACGACACUGGUGUAUAGGGACCAGACGAAUUGGCUAGGAAUGGUAAGCGUUUGAAAAUGGAACGAUUUUUACCUAUUAUAGUAACCACUUUUGAAUUUAAGACUUGUAAUUCCCUCCACUAUUUUUAGAUAUAUCGCGAAUUUCGUGCUGCACCUUACUCCAGAAAAAACUUCCUUUUAAAAUAGUAUUUUUAAACUUACAUUUUGCAUCCUUUCUUCUCGAAAUAUAUAGAAUUAUGGGUUGAGAUUUGACUGUAAUGUUUGGAUAAUGUAGUUGAGUGUGUAUAGACUGUUGAUAUGACAAAUAGUUUAUUUAAGCAUAAGUAGUUACUCCUAAGAGUCCUAUAUGUAGAUGACAAAUAUUUGGCGUACUUUAUUAUACAUUUAGUAGACCUAUAUGGCCUCAUAAAUUUAUUCUCAAUAUGUAACCUGUUUCAGUGAGGUUACAAAAUCAUAUAUUUAUGACAAAAUUAUUAAUUUGACAUUGAUAAUAGGCAUAAUAAUGAAAGAGGCAUAAUUAUCAAUCUAUUUCUUGCAUUAUAUUAUGUUGUAUAAAUUAAAAUGGUCAAAAUCUAAAUUAUAGAAAUUAUACAUAAAUUAUAGUAUGAUUUUUAAAUGUAUUAUUAUGAGAGGUUUUCAGAAAUUACUAUUUCUUUGUCAGUGACUCUUUUAUUCAUGUAAAAAUUCUAUGUAUACAUUUUCAUUGACCAUAACAGUUCUAACUACAUGAAUUUAAUUCGGUUAAGAUUUUUUAAAUAAUUGUCGAUGUAGGUAGUAGAUUUAUCGUGCCAAUCAUAACGUAACUCAAUUUUUGUGUUUAUAUAAACAUUAGAUUCCUUUGUGUGUAUGUUUGGCUAUUAAGUACAUAUUAGACUAUGUGUGUAGCUUUUCCAAUAUAGAUUUCGUUUAUCUUAAUGUAAUUGGUGUACAUAUCUUACGCUCAUAGAUAAUGUAAAAUAUCUAAAUAUUUACAUACUAUAUAAUAUCACAAUAAAGUACCCAUCGAAAUUA